UCACAGGAAGGCGAGCGAUCUACACACGCACGUUACGUUCCUUCCCUUCCCAGUUCCACAUCUCUUCUUAGUUCUUCCUUUUCUUCUCUCUCUCUAAUCCGCCCUUGGCGAACAGCAAUUUCUUCACCUCCGAUCAUCAAUGGCGUCGAGAUACUGGGUGGUCUCUCUGCCGGUGAAGGACUCUGCUUCUCCGCUAUGGAAUCGCCUGCAAGACCAAAUCUCCCGCCAUUCCUUCGACACUCCCCUCUACAGAUUUAGCAUUCCUAAUCUCCGCGUGGGAACCCUUGAUUCGCUCCUCUCCCUCAGUGAUGACCUGCUCAAGUCCAAUAGCUUCUUAGAGUCGGUGUCGCACAAGAUUAGGAGGCAGAUCGAGGAUUUGGAGAGAGUUUCCGGCGCAGAAAGUAAUGCUCUCACUGUUGAUGGUGUGCCCGUAGAUUCGUACCUUACCAGGUUUGUUUGGGAUGAAGCGAAGUAUCCUACGAUGUCUCCUCUGAAGGAGAUCGUUGAUGGAAUUCAUAGUUCAGUAGUGAAGAUUGAAGAUGAUCUCAAGGUUCGUCUAGCUGAGUAUAAUAAUGUUCGCAGUCAGCUCAAUGCUAUUAAUCGCAAGCAAAGUGGAAGCUUGGCUGUUCGCGAUCUGUCCAGUUUGGUGAAACCUGAAGAUAUAAUUUCCUCUGAACAUCUCAUAACCCUUCUGGCAGUUGUCCCCAAGUAUUCACAGAAGGACUGGUUGGCUAGCUAUGAAACUCUGACUAAUUAUGUGGUUCCAAGGUCGUCGAAGAAGCUGUUUGAAGAUAAUGAAUAUGCUCUCUACACUGUAACGCUAUUCCGUCGUGUGGCAGACAAUUUCAGAACAACUUCUCGGGAGAAGGGGUUCCAAAUUCGUGACUUUGAAUAUAGCUCCGAAGCACAGGAAGGUAGGAAGCAAGAGAUGGACAAACUAGUUCAAGAUCAAGAAAGUUUGAGAGGCUCUCUUUUGCAAUGGUGUUACACUAGCUAUGGGGAGGUUUUCAGCUCAUGGAUGCACUUCUGUGCUGUGCGUAUAUUUGCAGAAAGCAUUUUGAGAUACGGAUUACCACCGUCUUUCUUGUCAUGUGUUGUAGCCCCAGCUACCAAAAGUGAGAAGAAAAUACGCUCUAUCCUUGAGGGCUUGUCUGAUGCUGCAAACAGCACCUUCUGGAAAUCAGAAGAUGAAGCAGGGAUGGCAGGCUUGGGAGGCGAUGUCGACGGACACCCUUAUGUGUCCUUCACGAUCAACCUCCUUUGAUCUUGUAUUUAAGAUCUCCCCAUCCGAGUUCCCUGUUUGUGUCAGAGACCCAAAGUAUUUUUAUUGAACAGCAAUAAAGAGAGACGAUGAUGAAGAAUGGUAGUAGUGUAUAUUAGCACUUGGUAGCUCAAAUUCUUUGGUUUUUAAUCGCGAUUGGAGGGUCUCUGUAUGAUUCCAGCUGGAUCUUAUACUGAGAGUGUAAGGCAAGACUUGCGGGAAGGGAAGGUCUUAGUUAAACUACAUCUACAUGACCAUUGUGGAAGAGUACAUUUUCAUUCUUCUCUUUGUCCUGCCGAGAUUUUGGGGUCGUCAUAUGAUUUGGCAUCGUAUCUAUCUAUGUAUUUAAUCCUUGUAUUGUGUAUGAAUGAUAUCUUUCUAUUCAGGUAUGCAAGCUUGCCCU